AUGGAGCCCGUCAAGAACGUACCAGAGUGUCUACCUGUGAAUUUCACUUAUGUAGCUGUGAAAGCAUCACUGUAUGCCUCUGAUAGUUCUGUGUUUGGGUUGGAUGAAGCCGAGACUAAAGCGUUGGUGAAGAAGUUCUCCAAUUACCAAAAACCUGUGAUAAAUGGGAUCCUGUUGAAAGCUGCUCCCAUGGAAGUAGUGAAUGCAUUGAGUCAGUUGGGGUACAGGGUAGUUGCCACGACUGGAGAAGCAGAGAUUGUGUGGACCAUGCAAAGAGAAAUAUUGUAA